GAAGAUUGCUCAUCUUUAUUGACGGGCUUCGUUGCUUCAACCUUUGCUCGUGCUCGUUCGUCCCUCAUUCACUCACACGCUUGAGUCUUGGAGGAAGCGCUGGCCACGUUGAGGGUAUCUUUGGCUCCCUCCCUUCCUCGCUCGCAGCCUCAGUCAAAGGCGCUCUCCUUGUUCAUACUAUUUCACUUGAAAAUCUGGGUCCUUCGUGACCUAUCCUAUGAACUUCGCCAAACACGCAUCUUCAAAUGGUCACUCCGCCGCCACUGCUGCUGCUAUCAGCAAUAAUACCAACAUUUCUUCAAAAAACCUCAGGUCUGCUUCAACUGCUGCCAUGACAGCUAUGACGCCCGGCACUGGCGGCGCAAGUGGCCAUGUUGCCUCAGCAGGGCCACAAGGAGGAGGGCAUCAUCAUACUCACCAACCACAACAACAGAAGUCCGUAAAGCUUGUCAUUCGGCCUAAAGCCCCUGGUACAACAGUGAAAGCCUCGACAGGAGGAGCCGGAGGUCCGUCGAGUGCUCAGCCUGUGGGAACGCCUUUGGAAGUGUUAGAACAAGAACUCCCUCCGCGGGCAUUUGCAGAUCAAAUCCCAUUGGGUUCUAUCAUUGAUCGUCUCGUUCAAGAUGCCUAUGCCAGGCUAAUCGAGCUCAGCGAUACGCUGCCCGGGACGCCUCCGCAAAAUCGUGCACGAGAAGUUGAUCAUUAUGCCGUGGAGACAAGGAAACAGUUCAUGAAAGCGUAUGUUCUAUCGCAAUGGGCAAAAGUGGCGGACGAUGUCGAGACUGCUAUGGCAAUCACGGCGUAUAUAAUGGCGCAUAAUCAUCAGCUGGAUACAGUCGUGCAAGCUCUCGUAGAUACCCGAAAAUCUCUGUCCCAAGCCCGACUUCGUAAUCCCGAUAUUUCAACAGCGCUUACUGUCCUCACCCUCCCACCUGAUCAACAGAAGUCUCUCCUGCCGACAAUCAUUAAAGACACAUUCACCGUUGAGAAACCCCUUACCGUGACACAAGUGCGGAGUGCAUUACUUGACAUGAACCAUGCGCUGCGCGAGCGGUUACGAAUGUGGGAGAUAAUACCUCUCGAGUGGUCGAAUUAUCGAAUAGAUAAUGGACGUGUAUAUUUCGUUGCAGAGAAUCUGUUCACAGCGUCUUUUGGUCUGACAGGAAGCGAAGCCGUCGAUACAUGGUUCAUCAUCGACAUGAAGUUUCUCAUUGGCGCUGGAAAUGCUCUGACUGAGAAGAUAGCCUCGACGUUUCCACAAGAGCCACCACCGCAUUUAUGGGCUCAGAUAUUACCAGGCAUCAAUGCGCAACUUAUGCUAAAUGCUCAGCCUCCGUCAGCACCUGGAGCAGUACCGUCAGAGAGUGAAUCAGUAGCAGCUAAAGAGGAAGAAUCGCGGCCUGCCGCUGUUACUGCCACCGAGAAACCCCCGAAUGAAAGGAGUAGGGGUAGUGAAGAAGUGGUGGUGGAUGCCCCCCUUGUCCGAGCAUUUAACUUGCUUCAGAUGCUUUCGCUAACGUAUGAGUUAGAGAUUUUACUACACCAGGCUGAGCAAUUGCGAAACCUUGGAUGGAGAGAUUAUCUCAAUAUUGAUCUAAGUCAGGAUCGAAGAAAAUUUGUCCUUCGAUACUGGUUACGUACAACCCCCUUCCCCCAAUACCGGCACCCAAAGGCCCCCCCUCAACAACAACAGCAGACACCACCCUCUUCGCCGCCGAUGUAUGGUGGAGUGGUCACGAUCUCCAUUUCCAAUACCCCUUCCUCAUCUAUCCCGAACACUCUCCUUCAAUAUUCGAAUCCCCAUGUCCUCGAACUUGCGAGAACCUUGGAAGAACGAUGCAUGCUGGAGGCAUUGCGAUCAUCGUCGUCGUCGUCGACAUGGCUGGGAGGGUCGUCCGGCACGACAGCAAGUGACCAUGGCACCAAGGCCUUUAUACCAAGCGACCGGGUAGAACGGGUUGCGCUUACAGUACGGUGGGAGUCCGCGAUUGGUGCAUUGGCGAUAAGGAUUCCACCUUUCUUUCUCGAGUCUGAAUCGGAACAUAUCACAGUCGAUGCAACCAACUUGGAUUGUGAAUCUAUCAUCAAAUCUGCUGCGCGGAAGCAUGCCAGAGCGAUUUUGCGGUUUUUCCAGUUCCAGAUUCAGAAUGGUCCAUGGAGGAGAUUCGUGAUUGACCGAGAGGAAGCUGUCUUAGUGGACGACGACGAGACUCCAACUUUGAAAUUGACGCUAUUCAAGGGGCGAGUCCUGCACAUCUCGAUUGACCUCCGGACAGGGCGUUUCGUUUUUCGAGAUUCGGGUGAUUUGGCGGCCUGGGAACGGGGCUACAAGUUCGGACAGUUCGCUGAAGUAGUGAAUGCAAAUCCGUCCGCGAUGCUUGAAGUCAUAACACGUUUACGUUUCAAUGCCAUUACGGAGACGAUUGAGCAGCAGGUUAAGUACCUCGGGCUUCAGUCAAGUCGCCAGCCAGGCUUUGCACGUAAUGAGAUGCUGAAGCUGUCUUCGGGCGCUGCUUUCCAUGUUUUCAUCAAAUUGACGAACUUCCCCUCUCAUUAUAUCGUCAUCGUCGUGUCGGAAGAAGGUUGCAAAUAUGCUCUGAUCGACACGAGAUUGGAGAUAGUAGAGAACAGAGAACGGCUUGUUAUCGCCGACCUUGGAUGGCUGGACCCGGAGAAACUUGGACUCGGACCGGUUCCAAAUGAUUUUACUGUUCGCGCUGAUGUGCUUCAGGAACUCUAUGCGUUCGGGUGUGCGAGGGUUUCGCAUACACGGAUCGAGCAGCAGCUGAAAUCCCGGGGGAUACCUUAUAUGCCGAUAUUUCCGAAGAUUUUACCACCUGAUCCUGAAUCGAUGGAGGUGCAUCGUCAUCGAGCUGUGCCUGUCAUCCGAGUUACAGCACGGGAUAUGUGGCCGACGCCUGGUUCGAGAGGGCCUGAGGUGUCAAUGGCUAAUAUCAAGAUUUCUGUGAUGAACUGGUGGACAUCAAACAAGGCGAAGGUUAUCACCGAAGUUAAGCUGCGAUCACCCCCUCCACUGGCCUUCAACACGUCUAGACACAGACCGUCGACAGUGUCUGGGCCAGGCUUAAGUCCUGGUUCACUGGUGUCGUACGAUCCACGGAGUUCCGUCCUGUCUUUUGUCUCUGGCGAAGCAGACAAUGCUAUAGAUGAAUUUUUGUCGGAAUGGGAUCGCGUGGAAAAGACCCUUGCCAUUGCUCGACAUGUCGCCGAGAUGAGCCGACAGAAGGAGUACGAAGAUGUCCAAUUGCUAUCAUUCAACCUCCUGGCUAUCGAGUUCACGUACCAUUCCGAUUACGUUGGCCUCAUCGAAUACAACCCUCCCUCACUCUUACCCGAACCCGGGGCUGCGCCGUGCACCUUCAAAGUAUCCUUUUCUCGCUUAUCCCCUCUCCCUUCUCGCUCGCACGGGUCACGCGGGGACGCAGUUCGCCUUGCACCAACUGAUAAUCCGCAUCAACAACUCGAACCAUAUCUAGCUCCGCGUAUUAUUGAAGGCGAUCAAGAGCUGACAAGGAGCGCGGUUCAGGAGUUCGUAAUCCUUCUGCGUUCUACGUUGCCCCUGCUACUAGAGCUGGAAAGCAUCAAGGAUGAAUGCAACGUUUCUCGCCUCGCACAUCCGUCUUCCCCCCUCGUCACUGUCGUUCUGAAAGGUGCUGCAUGGUUUAGAAUCAUGUAUAACAUGAUUCACGCCCUUGACAUCCGAAUGCUGGCAGGUGGUCACGUUGCUCUCCUCGAUGCCUCGUUUUCCUUCUACUCUCCAACCGCCUAUAAUGCCGACCUCUCCUCAAAGUCCUCUUCCGCUCUCCGGCCUAUCCCUAAACUCGGUCGUCUAGUAGAUGACGUCAUUAGUACUCUCUCUAAGGACUAUGCUACUCGAAUGCGCUUGUCUAACAAUGGAACCGAUCGAUUGCCUGUCAUUUUCAAUGUCGGUUCCGGUCUUCGCUGUGGGAACGCAUUGGCUCGCAUCGCCCUACAUCACUUACAUUCGACCAUCCUUGAGGCACUCCAUGAGGGAUCGUCCUAACUCAUAUCAUUCAAGUAUCGCCAUAUGCACGAAAUUGUCCACAUUCUCAUCACCGUUCGCAUUUUUCGUAUGACAUCAGCAUGAAACCAUACCAUUCUCACUCUGUAUCUUUAUUCAACUUUGCACUUGGGUAUCCGUUCAAUGAGUUACAUGCAAAUUAUUUCGUUGUUCCAGAGUUACAUUCGCUUUCACAUACACCCAACACUCGCUUGCGCUUCAGUACUGCCAUUAAUUGUCCAAAAUUCGUGCCAUGUCUUUAUAUGAUAUGAUCUACGAAUAAAUCGUACUAUACUCAUG